ACUUGUUGAGAGGUUGUAUAUGGAGAAUUAUUGAAAUAGAGAAUUUUUUGCUUGUGCUAGUUAAAUUGAGAAACCCGUGGGUUCAUUUUUGUUGUUUUGUUUUGGAAGGGGUAUUUUUGUUGGCAGAGUGCUGGAUGACGUAUUUUAUAGCACUUUGGUGUCAGAAGUGGGAUUGUGGCGUCCUCAAGGACACUGAGAGAGAGGCCAGGAAGACGGGUCCAGCUACCAUAGACGAUGUCGUACAGAUGGCUGGCCAAGGAUGACCGGCAUGAGCAGGAGGAAGAAGGAGCCAGCGGGGAAGAGCCAGUGGACGACACUGGUGGGGCACCAGACCUCGCAGCUCUGUAUGGCCUCAUACAGAAGUCCCUGCAGACCCAGGAUCGUGAGUCAUUUAAGCAGGAGCAGAGGUGGCGAAGUGUGCAAGUACAGCUCAACGGCUUUCAGGAUGAGCUGGAGCAGUGCGGUGACGGAGGUGGAGAGCCGCCACCAGCCAUCCCACCAGCACCGGCAGCGCCACCAGCAGGCCCGCAGAUGCCUGCAACACCACCGGCGGCACCGGCGCCAGCAAUGGGGACCAGAGCAGCCAUACCAAGGCUGGAGGAAGGGGACGACGUGGAGCAGUACCUGACUACAUUUGAGAGACUGGCUACAGCCUACAGGUGGACCCAAGCUGUCUGGGCUAUUUUCCUGGUGCCAUAUCUAACCGGUAGGGCACGGUCUGGCUAUGUAGCCAUGGAUCCGUACGAUGUUAUGGAUUACUUCAAGGUGAAAGCUGCCUUCUUGGCAAAAUAUGAAAUAAGUGCAAAAGUGUACCGACAGAGGUUCAGGGACCCAAACCUGCAACCGGGGGAGAGAGUCUGGAGAGUGUCAACUUGCUGAGAGGUUGUAUACAGAGAAUUACUGAAAAUCCUUCAAAGUCAACCACAAUCCUAAACACAUCUACAAAACCUCUACAUCCAGAUGUGGCUGCCUCCAAGUCAAUCAACAUUCUCUUAAAAGCGACCAAUGAGACCAGCUCAGUAAGUUUCAUGUAUUUCUGUAACUUCUUCCAUGUAGAGGGAGCAGCAAACUUAAAGGCCUUUUUCCCCAGCUCAGUUCUAACCUUUGGAACAGACCGAAGGAAAAGAUCCUGGGAACAAAGAUUGUAAG